AUGUCAGGUACAACAAGCUCCGCAGCAUCUCAAGAAAGAAUUAUUUUGAACGUUGGCGGUACUUAUCGUUCUACUCUAAUUGCUUAUCCGACAACACUUCUUGGAACAAUGUUUGCCGAUAGAAAUAAAGAGCUGUUGUGUCCAGUUAAUGGAGAGCAUUUUAUUGAUAGAGAUGGACAAUUAUUCCGAUAUAUUCUACAAUUUUAUCGCACGGGAAAAAUCUGUUGCCAUGACGUUCACUUGACUAACACCUCAUCCAAUGACGCCGCAUCAACAAUCCCUAAUCUUACAAUUUCUCGUGAAGAAUUAUUUUCAGAAAUCGAUUAUUUUCAACUUCCAAUUCCAUUACCGAUAUUUCAACCUGAACCCCCACUAUUAUCACAACAAGCUCAAAAGGCAGCUGCCUCAAAACUUGAUGAAUUUAUUCAAUCAUUUCAGAAAUCUAUUUUUGAAGCAAUGCAAUAUUUUGAGACCACUAUACCAUUUACAUUUCAUCGAAUAGUACGAGAUAAUCAAGAAUUUUACUGGAAUGAACAUGAAAAAGUUUCACCAUUUGUUAAAUAUCUCAGACCUUUUGCACCUUGUGUUGGGUAUGAACUUUUGGAUAGAUUUGGCGCAGAAAUUGGAAAACAAUUAAAACUUAAAUUUGGAGAUGAUUUAGAUUGGAAAUUAGAGAAACAUUCUUCACAUAUGGAUACAAAAGUAGAUUAUUAUAGAUUAGCUAUUAAUAUUCCUGAAGAAGUUUAUGAUAAUAAUAAAAUUUUACAAUAUUCGGCUUAUUCAGAUUCGUAA